AUGGUCGUCUAUCACGACCGUAAUUUGAUCAUCAAUUAUAUUCCAAGGCAUCUGACAGACAAUGAUCUGGCAAAUCUAUUUGGAUCUGUUUCUCUGGCAAAACUGCAGGGGAGGCUGUACCACAGCUCUAACCUUUACGUUAAAAAUCUACCAUCAUCCAUCACGGAUGAUCACCUGCUGACUGAAUUCGCACGUUUUGGUAAAGUAAUCCAGUGUCGCGUCCUUCGUGAACGUGAAUCAGAUGUAUCUAAGGGGAGUGCGUAUGUUUUAUUUGAGAAGAGAUGCAGUGCAGAAGCUGCUAAGAAAUCUUUGGACGGCAUGCCAUGGCCGGGAAUGUCGGAUGAUCAAAUUUUAACAAUUAAGUUCGCGCCUCCACCGUACCGUCACUCAGUCAGUUUGACAUCAACUAAAAAUCAGUCAAACAAGAUACAGGGUGCGCGGUCACUUUGUGGUUACAACGAGCAGCUGAUUGCUCAAAUGUUGGCACUGCACAGCAGACUGGGUUUCACCUGUGAUCCAUUUAACAUUACAUCCCCCCUGACAUACUCACAGGACAGUUUAUGUGCUCCAUCGGGCCCGUUAUUUCCAGGUGGUUAUGUUCCUACGCUUGUGCCUAUUCCACACCAGACACAACUUACAAAUAUUUUGUGGCCCUCUGAGUAUGGUCCUUACGAAUCCCCGUUAUCAAUCCCAAUGACAAGCAAUUAUAUCUCCCCCUAUUAUUUUGUCCAUCCUAAUACGUCUCCGAAUUUCUUGUCAACUGUGCACCCCAGCUCCGCACCUUUAAAUGGUUCGCCCAGUGCGACCCAACUGGAAGGGCUAACAAAUGCCGUUCAUGGUUGUCCAGUGUUUACAACCCUACCACCGCCGCUUUUCCCCGUUGCAAAUCAAGGUGGGGACAUUCCUUCAGGUGAACAGUCACUAAGGAAAGUUAAAGAAAACAAAACAGACAAAGCAAAUUCAAAUUCCGUCUAUGUGUACAAUAUAGGGAAUUUCAUGUCGGAAAACCGCCUAUGUGAACUAUUUGGCCGCUUUGGAAUCAUUCUAGGCGUCUCGAUCCCGAGGGAUCCCAAAACCAACUUUGCACGAAACUUUGGAUUUGUUUCUUUCAAUAACUUCCAAAGCGCACAAAAUGCGGUGAACGUAAUGAAUGGAGCAACUUGUGAUGGUCGCCGGCUGCAAGUUUCCUUUCGAAAGCCAAAACAAGGAACCUUAAGAGUGUGCAAUAUUCCUAAUACCUUGACCCAUAAUCCAACGGCUCAGGAAAGGCAGGAUGAUGACAGCCCUAAUUACAAUCCAGAAAGCGUGUCACAACAUGUGCACAGUGAUGAGAAAGCCUACCCGGAUGCAGACACAUGUGUGGAUGAAGUACGCCCAUUACAACCAAUUGCUGUCGUCAGCAAGUGA